CUGCAAUAGGACAGGUGCGGCAUCAUGAGCAACCCAAGAAGCCCAAUUUCUUCAACUUGCCACCUGUAGUCGAGAUCUGCCCAGGGGAUAAGUCCUUCGAUUACGACUAAAAUGUUGUCCAUUCUCAGAAAAGCGCGUCUCAAGGACAAGGAGAUGCGCAUCCUCAUGCUAGGUCUUGACAAUGCUGGGAAGACGACGAUAGUCAAGAAGAUCAUGGGUGAAGACGUCAACACAGUGAGCCCAACUCUGGGCUUUAUCAUCAAGACCAUCGACUACGACGGAUACAAGCUAAACAUAUGGGACGUCGGAGGCCAGAAGACGCUGCGCUCAUAUUGGCGCAACUACUUCGAGAAGACGGAUGCGCUGAUCUGGGUUGUCGACGCCACAGAUCGAUUGAGAAUCGAAGAUUGUAGAGAAGAGUUGCAUGGUCUCCUCCAAGAAGAGCGGCUAUCUGGUGCGAGUCUGCUUGUCUUUGCCAACAAGACGGACGUGAACGGAUGCAUGGGCGAGCAGGAGAUACUACAGGGGCUGCAGUUGGAGGCGAUUAGGACGCAUCACUGGCAUGUCUUACGAUGCAGUGCCAUGACGGGCACCAACCUCAAGGAAGGGCUAGCUUGGGUUGUGGACGAUGCCAAGAAAAGGCUCUUUUUGUACUGAGUGCCAGAGGGCUUGUUUUUGGGUCGAUGGCAGAGAGAUGCCAUGCUCAUCCAGCCAGCACACCCCGAGUUGGAAGUUGGGAUGCCCAGGACAAGGUCGACGCGCGCAUAACGGUCGCUGGGUCAAAAAAUAAAUAGAUAAAUAAUAACAAUAUGAAU